CCCGUGUUUUCUUCCUGUCUUGGAGCGUUUGUAAGCGUCACGGCCAGCUCCCAAGAUCCACCACCGUCCACUCCAGCAACCCACCCCACCCUCGCUGCACCCUCGCUGCCUUCUCUUCUCCUCUUGCAUCAUCGCUGCUCCAACGCAUAGACCUUCUUCUUAUUUCUUGCACUUUCACCCGCUCUGCCACGCAACACCAACAUAUAGACAUCGCCAGUUACAAACCAGCAUUGCAGUCGUCUAAUAAACCUUGUUUUGCUUACCGAUCCGCCAACUCGCCAUCCCGUCUUCCCGCCGUCACUUCGCCUUACUCCGCUCAUCCCGAAAACAAGGCCCCCCAGACCCUGUUUUUGCACCCCGCGCGCCGCCAGCAACGAAGCCCACGAACAUCUUGACUGCUCCAAAAAAUUACAAAGACGCUGGAAGCUUCGUGAACAAGACACGAGCCGCCUCGUCGUUUGUUAUUCGCAUUUGCGUCACGCGGCAAAGCAUCGUGCAGAUCUUUACGUUUUGCUGCGUUUGAAUCUGUGGCACUGCACAUAUUUCUCUAGCACCGUGUUUUGGUGCGCUGCCUCUUCGCACUUUGGGCGCCACCUCAUAUCGACCUAACCAUGUCGACGAUACAACAGAUUAAAAACUUUAUCCGCCAUGGCAAGCAUGCCCGCGCUACUCCCGAUGACGAUGCCGUGCGCAAAAUCGACUCGGCCUCUUCUGCCCGCCAAGUGAAGCUCGCCUCGCAUUCUGACCCCGCCAUGGCACGCUCUGCUGGCUUUGCCGGUGCCGACGCUGACGCCAAAGUCCCCAAUAAGAACCGUGAAAGCCGCAAGGUCGAUGAGGCUAGCUUGGCUAAGCUCGUCGCCGAAGAGAAUGCCAACAAAUCAAAGUUCCCCCACUAUCCCGGCCUCGAACGAUGGCAAUUGAUUGAGAAGAUGGGCGAUGGUGCUUUCAGCAACGUAUACAGAGCCCGAGAUACUCAAGGCCAGUAUGGAGAGGUCGCUAUCAAGGUUGUGCGCAAGUAUGAAAUGAACAAUAUGCAGGUAAGUUGUUUGGCGCUCUUUCACUACGUUCGCCAAACUGGCUGUUGCUUUUCGCUUGAUUUUGCAAUCAUCUUCCUGUUUUGCCUUGUUCCACACUCUCUUUCCAUCUGCAUCAACCUGACUGGUUCUUCGCCUAUCUAGGGCAACCAUUUACACCCGGACUUCAAAAAGCGGCCGAAAGCUGCAGAGGUGCGCUUUUUCAUUUCUCUGGCGUGCUGCUGUUUUGUAUCCUUAUCCUUCAUCAAACUGCAGAAUGCGCCACGUUGUUUUCACACAGAUGGAGUACUAACUGAUGCUAUAGCGAUCAAAUAUCCUCAAAGAGGUUCAGAUUAUGCGACAACUCGAUCACCCCAAUAUCAUCAAGCUCAUUGAUUUUGCCGAGGCCAAACCUUACUAUUACAUUAUUCUAGAGCUAGCCCCCGGCGGUGAGCUCUUCCACCAGAUUGUCCGCCUUACCUACUUCAGCGAGGAACUCUCAAGACACGUUAUUGUCAAGGUUGCUACUGCGCUUGAGUAUUUACAUGAGGAAAGAGGUGUCGUCCAUCGUGAUAUUAAACCCGAAAACAUCCUCUUCAGCCCAAUCCCCAUUGUUCCCUCCAAAAUUCAAAAGCCGAAGCAACCUGGAGACGAGGACAAGGUGGAUGAGGGUGAAUUUGUCCGCGGCCGAGGUGCGGGUGGCAUUGGUGAGAUCAAGAUUGCCGACUUUGGCCUCUCCAAGAUUGUCUGGGAUAAGCAGACUAUGACGCCUUGUGGUACCGUGGGCUACACUGCGCCGGAGAUUGUCAAGGAUGAGCGUUACUCAAAGUCAGUCGACAUGUGGGCUCUUGGAUGUGUCCUGUACACUCUUCUCAGUGGCUUCCCUCCCUUUUACGACGAAAGCAUCGAAGUUCUUACCGAAAAGGUAGCCAAGGGUCAGUACACGUUCCUGUCACCAUGGUGGGACGAUAUUUCUGCCUCCGCCAAGGACCUCAUCACACAUCUCCUUGAUGUCGAUCCCGAUAAGCGAUACACCAUUAAAGAAUUCCUCGCCCAUCCUUGGAUCCGCGAAAGCGGCCCUACCCCUCGCGACGAGAAGCGCAAAACCGAGGUGCCUGCUCGCGCCUUUGACGCUGCCAAGCUCGAAGAGCCCAACCGACGCAUGGACUUCCGAUCUCCUGGCGCCGUUAACCUCCGUGAGGUCUUUGAUGUCAGUUAUGCUGUUCAUCGCCAGGAGGAGGAGAGCAAGCGCAGAGCUCAGGUUGGCGCACGCGGCGGCCCGGCACAGUUCCUCGGUGGCCUUAACGAGGAAGACGAGGAGGACGAAGAAAUGGCCAAUCCCCAAAACCCCCAGAGCCUUGAGCAAGUCAUGCGCCAGACCAGUCUACAAGAUAAAGAUGUGGAGCGUGGUCGUGAAGCCACACGAGCAGCACCUGCUCCUCGCGCUGGAGAAAAGGGCUACGGUCAGCAUUCGGCCGCCGUCACUGCGGCUGCUCGAGCGCAGGUUCGCGACAGCAACCGAGGCAAGGGGCCAUUUGAGCUUAACCUUGACAAUGCCACUUUGCUCGGCAAGCGUGGCAAGAAGGUUCCGGCUAUGGGCGCGUAGGAGCAUCCCAGCCUACCGAAUAGAAAGAUGGGCAUGGUUCGAUCUGGUGGUCUAGACCGGGCGAGAACAUGCUAAAAGUUCAACUUUCAAAUCGUUCACAAAGCCUACUUUUACAAAGCAUGCGAGGCAUCUUGGCCUGAGUUUGCAGAACGGCAUUGAAGAAGCAUUUCAUGAAUACGGCGUCUGGUGUGAUUUCGAACGCGUGAGCCCACUGUUUGGUUUCAUCAUGUGGCUCAAUGAUUCUUUUUAAUUUUUCGUUUCGUUUCGUAUAUUGUUGUUAUUUUCCCGUUUUAUAUUUGAAUCUUGAAUUCCUCCGCUUCUUCUGUUCUCAGUUGUGUCCAUGCGUGGUGCAGGACUUUGAUUCAAAUGCUAGCGUUAUGUGACGGUGAUUGGUUUUAGGGAGUACAAGAUACCUUAUUUUCAAUAACAAUCAAUCAUUUCUUAUCAACUGUAUUUUAAAGCUACAAAUCAGUAACUAUUUUACUAUCAUCUUCUACGACACCAGCAUACGCGAUAGGCAUGUCUUAGGCCGCGAGUUUACCAACGCUCAGCGCGAGCUACCCGGCACGCGAUCCAUGCAACAUUCACGACUGUUAUUUUCAACACAUCAAAUGUAAUCAAUUGUAGUAAAAAUCUAAAUCGCAUCUAUCUUGACAUACCUUUUGGUUUUUUCAGGGUAUAACCCGGUGAAAUGAUUGACUUACCUUGUGAUCCCUGGUAUUUCUUCCAGUGUUUGAGAGAUCACAGGGACUCUAUCUUGAGCAGGAGCCCAGCAUCAAUGACCUCUAGAUUCGCUCAGGGCUAACAUCACGUAUCUCAUUAGGAUCAUGAAAACUCUCAACGCUGACUCGACGCCCAUGCUGUGAUAUGACGCUGUCACGAUACUCUGUUGUCAGAGGC